GAAAAAUACAUCAAGGCCCGCAUGAAGGUCAACGACAAAGUCAACAACUUGGGCAACAAUGUCACCUUCGAACGUGUCAAGAUGAAGUUGUACGUCAACUCCGAUGUCCACUUCUCCAAGGCCUACUUGAAGUAUUUGACCAAGAAAUACUUGAAGAAGAACAGUUUGCGUGAUUGGAUCCGUGUUGUCGCCAAUGACAAGGACUCCUAUGAACUCCGUUACUUCAGAAUCAACUCCAACGAUGAUGAAGAUGAAGACGCCGAGUAAGAAGUCAGUUAUCUUUUU